AUGGCUGCUCGGCUGUCCCAUGCCCUUCAUGCUGCCACGCAGCCCUCAGCUGACACCCAGCCAGUGGUCAUCGUCGGUGCGGGUCCCGCCGGCUGUGCGACUGCUCUUGCCCUAGCGAGAAACGACCCCUCGACCAGCCUCCGAGUCCUUCUGCUGGACGAUGCCGACCCGACAGCCUACAAGAUCGGCGAGAGCCUCCCCGCGUCCGCGCGGCGCACCCUCGCGACGCUCCACCCCUCGCUGAACGCGACGCUCGCACAGGACACCCUCCAGGGCCUGCACCACGUCUGCACCGGCACCGCGUCCGCCUGGGCCGGCGCGGCGCUCCAGGAGACGUACGCCCUCAUGAACCCCUACGGCGCCGGCUGGCACCUCGACCGCGCCCGCUUCGACGAGACCCUCCGCGCCGCGUGCGCGCCUGUCCUGCGCAAGGCCCGCUUCGUGGCCGUGCGCCGCUGCACGGACGGCGGCGCGUGGGAGGUCGACGCCGAGAUGGCGCCGGAGGGCGCCGUCGAGACGUUCCGCGCACGUUGGGUCGUGGACGCGACCGGCCGGAAGGCGAGCGUCGCGCGCAAGCUCGGCGCCAAGACCCACAAGCACUCGGACCUCCUCUCCUUCUACGCGCUCUUCACCACGCCCGCCGGUGCCGCACCAACACCCGACAGCGACGGCCGCACGCUCAUCGAGGCCGCGCGCGCAGGCUGGUGGUACACCGCGCCGCUGCCGCACGCGCGGCGGCUCGUGAUGUACACGACCGCGCCGACGGACGCGAGCGCGCGCGCGGCGCGUGGUGCCGCGGGCUUCGCGGACAUGCUCCGCACCGAGACGCGGCACGUCGCGCGGGCGCUCGGGGGCGCGAGCUCCGACAUCGACAUCGACAUCGACGACACCGACGAGGAAGAGGCACGGGUGGAGUACGAGAUGGAGGAGCAGACGCGCUUCGUGCGGCACACGAGCGCGUGCUCGGCCGUGCUCGCGCCGUACGCCGCCUGGGAGCCGCACGCAGGCGCAGGUGAUGGUGACCGUGGCGAAGCGCAGAAGCAGGAGGGACGCGGAUGGUGCGCCGUCGGCGACGCCGCGCUCGCGUUCGAUCCACUCUCGUCCCAAGGCAUCGUCACCGCGCUCGACGCGGGCGCGUUCCUCGGCGGCGUCCUCGCGCGCCACCUUGGCACUGCGGAGGGAGGGCCCCUCGGCGGCGAGGGUGCGGUGCGGGCGGUUCACGAGGCAUAUGAGCGCGUGCGUGCAAAGUAUGAGGAGGGAAGGGCGUACUAUUAUGGUGUCGUGAGGCGGUUUGAUAAGGGUGGUGGUGGUGAGGAGGAGGAGGAACAGGGGAAGGGGUUUUGGGAAAAGUUAAGGGGAGAGUGAGGGUCUGGUUAGCUUUGGACGGUCCUUCCGUGCUGCCAUGCCAUCCAACUGUGCAAUCACAAAUUCAGUCGCUUUCGUUGCUUACAUAGGUGACUGUAGACGCGAACAGACAAGUCUACGAGCUAGCACUCCCAUCACGCCUCUGCGCACCAAAAGCCCCCCUCGCGUCACCACCCGCCAACACCCCUGACCACAACAUCCAAGCACUUCCGGAGGUGCCCCCGCGUCUCGCCGACCGCCCACUCCGCGUCAUCCUCACGCCCGCCCCCGCCGCUGUUGCCGCCGCCGCCGUUGCCGCCAGCGCUCUGCGCGCGGAAAAACGGCACGACGCACGUCUGCGCGAGCGCACCGAAGAGGUCCUCGAGGACCCACGCGAGGCGCGCGCCCGUCAUCUCGACCGCGGGCUCGGCGUUCAGCUCGAGCAGGCUCACGUGGAAGCGCCGCCCGUCGUGAACGUGGUGGCCGUGGUUGCGGUUGCGGUGGUGCGUGACGAGGAAGUCGACGCCGAAGAGCUCGAAGGCGUUCGGGAGCGGCUGCGUGGGCGUGCGCGCGCGUGUCAGUGCGGGUUUUUGCAUUUGGGCGGCAAGAGGCAUGAAAAAGAAAGAGAGAAAGAAAAACAACCGACGCGACGCGACGCACCUGGAAGUGCACGCCCGUCCCGAGCGCAGCGGCGAACGCCGCGCCGAGGAGACGCGCGGCCUGGUCCGUGAUGUCCGCGACGUCCUGCGGCGUCACCGUGCCCUCGCCUUCGUUGUCGGCGCCCAGGGCGCGGCAGCCGACGAGCUCGGCCAGCAGCCGGACGGACGCGUCUGCGCCGUGGUCGGCCUGCAGACACGUGUUCGUGAGGUGCGCCGCGAGGUCUGCGUUCGGGUCUGCCGCGGUGGCGGCGGCGCUGGGCGGUGCGUAGGGCACGGAGGCGAAGAGCGCGAGGAUGCGGUCGUAGAGGAAGACGCGCAGUGCGCCGGAGGCGGCGCAGUACACGCGGAGGUGGAACUAGGGAAGGGUGUGUGUGUGUGUGUGUGUGUGAGACGGGAGAGGGGUGUGUCUGAGGGACGAGGAGCGUACGUGCCUUGUGGCCCUUGAGGUCUGGCGGGUCGGCUGCCGGUGGCGAUCCGUCCAGUGGGAUCUGAGCGGGGUCGAUGAGGAGCGGUCUUUCGAGGUAUUCCUUGUGAUGUAGUUGUGUUAUAUAAAUGUGCAAAAGAUGAAAGCCAC